CCUGCAUAGAUACUGAUCGCCUCGAGGAUUUGUGCAAUGCCGUCGGAAUCUAUUCUAGGAAAUUAUUCCCGAAACCCGGCCUCCAGCUAGCCCCUACCGUGGAUCCUCCUUACGAGGUGCGAGGCCGUGCCUCGGCAUUGAAUCGCUUUAUCGCUCCAGCUCCGAUUUAAACCUCCGUACGUCAGUUACUUUUAUAAAUCAAACAGCCUAAAGAAAUUCGUAGUAUCAUAUUAUCCUAAAUCUAGACACCAACAUAAACCAUGAGAGAAAGUAUCGAUGAUAAAUCGCGUGUUUAACGCUAGAUGAUCUAUGCUAUGCUAUGAUUGUGUAGACUCCACUGAGGCUUGAAACAUACCAAAUAGGAGGCGAGGAUCGCAUCCCAUUCCCGAAAUGGCGUUAACCAUAGCGGGAGCCGCUGCUGGCAGCGCUGCCCUCGCAGCCUACUUAGACGCUCGAUUCCACAUCCGCAAUGAUAUCAAGGCGGGCAGUAACCAGCGGCGAGCCGCCGGUUGGCAAAACAACAUCGCCGAGCAGAUCCGCAAUGGCAAGACGCAUGUCUACCACAUCCUCGAGGACCAGGCCAAGGAUCCCAGCCUCGUCUUCAUCAUAUUCGAGGGCCGCGAGUACACUUACGCGGAGUUCUUCAAGGCGAUACACCCUAUCGGAAACUGGCUCAUGAAGGAUCUUGGCAUAAGAAAGGGCGAGAUGGUCGCCUUAGACGGCGGUAACAGCCCCGAGUACGUAAUGCUCUGGUUCGCCCUCGAAGCCAUCGGCGCCAGCAUCGCCUUCAUAAACUGCAACCUAACAGCACACCCCCUCGUUCACUCCGUAAAGAUCGCCGGCGCGCGGUACCUCCUCGCCGACUCCGACGUGCGGCAUCUCGUCUCCCCCGUCGAGGAAGAGCUCACAUCCGGGGGCACACAGACGAUAUACUUCGACCCAACCACUCUCGCUGCCCACACAGACCCAACCCCCCUCCCAGAAGACCGCCGCGCCGGCGCCCAGCCCACCGACGUCGCGUCCCUAAUCUACACAUCCGGCACGACGGGCAAGCCGAAAGGGACAAUAGUAAGCCGGGCCCGCACAAUGCUGCUACGGCAAUCCAGCAACAAAAUCGGGCUAUUGCGCUCCGACAAAAUGUACACCUGCCUGCCUCUCUACCACGCCUCCGCACAAGGGGUCUGCUGUCUGCCGAUCCUAGCAACAGGCGCAACCAUGGUCCUCGGGCGGAAAUUCUCGCACCAGACAUUCUGGCCGACGAUCCAUUCGUCCCACGCGACCAUAAUCCAAUACGUGGGCGAGCUCUGCCGGUACGUAGUCAACGCGCCGCCCUCGCCGCUAGACCGCGGACACAAAGUGCGGAUGGCAUGGGGCAACGGGAUGCGGGCGGACGUGUGGGAGCCGUUCCGGGAGCGUUUUGGGAUCGAGGAGAUUUACGAGUUCUACAGCAGCACGGACGGGAUGGGGAUUAUCGCGAAUGCGAACCGGGGCGAUUUCUCGCGCGGGUGUAUUGCGGUGCGCGGACCUCUCUGGCAUUAUCUCAAUGGCGCGGGGGAGGCGCGGGUUUGUGUGGACCCGGAUACGAGGGAGAUGGUGAGAGGGAAGGAUGGGUUUGCGGUGAGGUGUAAGACGGAUCAGCCUGGUGAGCUGCUGUACCGGCUUGAUCCGAAGAAUGAGUUUGGGGUGCCGAGGUAUUAUGGGAAUGAGAAGGCGUCGCUGGAACGGAUGGUGCGGGAUGUUUUUGUGAAGGGGGAUUUGUGGUUGAGGAUUGGGGAUUUGAUGCGGCUUGAUAGGGAUGGACGAUUGUUCUUCGUGGAUCGGCUGGGUGAUACGUUUCGCUGGCACUCGGAAAACGUGUCGACGACGGAGGUUGGAGAUGUGGUGGGCUUGUUCCCACAGAUUGCAGAGGCGAAUGUGUACGGUGUUGAAGUCCCUAAUUCUGAGGGCCGGGCUGGAUGUGUUGCUGUGGUUGCCGCAGAAGGAGUUUCGAGUAAUCCUGAAGACAUAGCGAGUGGGCGAGGUCUUGACCUGAAGGGGCUGGCGGAGCACUGUCUCGCAGAACUCCCGCGGUACGCGGUGCCCGUUUUCAUCAGAGUAUCGAAACAACUGGAGUACACGGGGACGAUGAAAUUGCAGAAAGGACAGUUGAGAGCUGAGGGAGUUGACCUUGACGCCAUCGAAAAGGCGGCGAAAGAAAAGGGGGAAGAACCAGAUGUGAUAUACUGGCUACCUCCCACCGAAAGAAGAUAUAUUCCUUUCUCGAAGAAGGAUCUUCAAGAACUUAAGAGGGGCAGGGUCCGUCUCUAAUGAUAAACGUGCGUACAUACCCAAGUAACUACCUACCUAUUAUAUUGUAAUGAAUCCAUAGAAUCCAAGAAUUCGACUUUCUUCUAUAGUGCUAUUGUGUCUAGG